AUGUCCUCAGCCGUUCCAAAAAGAGCCUGUGAUCAGUGUCACACACUGAAAGAAAAAUGCCGACGCCUGAGUGCAACAACGUCAUGCGAGCGAUGCGAUAGACUAAACCAAACCUGUGAAACGACGCGAAAUCUCGCGAAACUCGGACGAAAACCACGCACCGCAAGAACAUUAUCCUAUAAUCUCCCAACCUCCAAUCCCAGCUCAGUUACCUGCAACACAAAAAAACUCGAUCUAUCUUCACUCCAAAACAACAACCUCUAUCCCCAUGUUUACUUCCCAGUCGACAAGGGUCUAUUCAGCAACCCAGCCCUAUUCCCAGAACUAGACCAGUGGGAAAGAAAGUUCCUAAAUCUUAUGAAAGAUCUCGACGGACCUUCCCCACUAGACAAAUUCCUAAUCGGACCAAGCUUCCACGAGUCGCACCACCGUUUCUUCGUGCAGAGCCUUCUCCGGCCCGCGCCUACGUCUAUAUUAAAAGACGCCACAGUCGCCUGUGCCGCAGUACUCCUUGGCGACCAAUAUGCGCAGUACACGAAAACAAGCGUCGAAGUCGGGCAUCGACGAGCUGCGCUGGCUGUUUCGGGACUGCGGUCGUUGCAGAUAUCCCAAGAGCAAGAUUUGGUUACUGCAAUCCUCCUCAGCGUGAGUAUAGUGACCUUCGCUAUGCAUGUUGUUGAUGGACAACCGUUUCUUAUAUCGCAUUACACGCUGGUGCUUAUUAAGCCGGUUUAUCACACUCUUUUGACGAUGGAUUCUGGUAUUAUGGAUUUGGUGAUGUGUUUGGUUAGUACGGAGACUUUUGAAUGUCUGAUUCGGUCGGAGUUGCCGACUAUUCGAGUCGGUGAACGUGAUCGUUGCGAUGUUGUUGAUCGGUAUAUUGGGAUUAGCUCGUCAAUUUUUAGUCAUUUAUAUGAUCUCUGCGAGACGAGUCAAUUGAUGAGACUUAGUGGUGGGAGAAUGGAUAUUGACAUGGUUGAACGAUUGGACGCGAUACAAGGUUCCCUGGAGCGAUGGAAACCUUCGCCACCGCCUGAUCUCAUUGAAAGAUUUACUCAGUCUGAGAUCGUUGGGAUGCUUGCCCAGGCCCAGGUCUUCCGUCUCGCGGCAUUACUUAUUGCCCAUCGGCUACGCCAUCCCUAUGGGCAAUGUGACAAGGAAGCAUUACAGUUGUCCAGCGCUAUUACCGCGGAGAUUGAUAUGGUUUUGCAAUCUACAGGGCGUUCAAUGCCAUGCAUGACACUUCCAUAUAAAGUUGCAUGCUUCGAGAUCACUGGGACUGAAGCGCGAGCAACAGUCGUUGAUAGGAUCCCCGAAGUUGUGACUUUCUCCAGACAUUCACAGCUUCAAGUUCGGCGCACCCUGUCAUCGGUGUGGGGCGGGAGGGAUGGCGGAGACCAGAUCUACUGGUUCGAAUUAGAUAAUUAUAUACGCAAGACGCCUUCCACAUGGACGGACGGAUAA